AACGUCAUAUUGCGUGGAACGCGUCAUUCAGGGAGGAUUUGGGAGGUGGUGUCCAUCUUAUUGAUACUGCAAGAUAACCCACUUUUGAAUUAAUUAACAGUCACAGUUCUAAUAGGGUGUAAUAUUAGUCCUCUACAGAGAUGAGUAGCUCAGAGGAAGUGUCAUGGAUCUCCUGGUUCUGUGGAUUGCGGGGAAACGAAUUCUUCUGUGAAGUGGAUGAGGACUACAUCCAGGACAAGUUCAACCUGACGGGUCUCAACGAGCAGGUGCCCCACUACCGCCAGGCUCUGGACAUGAUCCUGGACCUGGAACCAGAUGAGGAGCUGGAGGACAACCCCAACCAGAGCGACCUCAUCGAGCAGGCGGCCGAGAUGCUGUACGGCCUGAUCCACGCCCGGUACAUCCUCACAAACCGCGGCAUCGCCCAGAUGUUGGAGAAGUACCAACAGGGGGACUUUGGCUAUUGUCCCCGGGUCUACUGCGAGAACCAGCCCAUGCUGCCCAUUGGUCUGUCAGACAUCCCCGGCGAGGCGAUGGUGAAGCUAUACUGUCCCAAAUGCAUGGAUGUCUACACACCCAAGUCGUCCCGCCACCACCACACCGACGGGGCCUACUUCGGCACCGGCUUCCCCCACAUGCUUUUCAUGGUGCACCCAGAGUACCGGCCCAAGAGGCCCGCCAACCAGUUUGUCCCCAGGCUCUACGGCUUCAAGAUCCACCCCAUGGCCUACCAGCUACAGCUGCAGGCUGCGUCCAGCUUUAAGAGCCCGGUCAAGGCCAUUCGCUAAGGCCCCCGGGGGCCCACACAUCCGGAAAUACGAUUAGAGAGCGAGAGAGAGGAUGACGGUGAGGUUGGGGUCACCUGCAUGGAACUUCCUGUCCAGGCGAGACUACUUCCUGCUGGAGACUGUAUUAUUAUUAUUUGUGUUUUCUAGUUUAGGGAGAGAUGGAGGGUGGGGGGGUGAACAAAGAUGUAUAAAUGAUAAAAUGCGCACAUGCCCAGAUGACAUGCACCAACAUGGUAUACACACACACACACACAUACGCAAGCCAACACGCAUGCACGCCAACACACACACACACACACACACACACACACCAAACGACACCAAACUCCCCGGUGCCAAUGCGGUCUCAACAGAGCUCAGUUUUCUCGGUUGCGUUUAACAACCUUUUGUUAUUGUUUUUCUUUAAUUUACAACAGUGUCUGUUCGGUUUCGCUCCCGAGUAGAGAAAGCUAUUUGAGUGCAGUGAGUUUCAAAUGUAUUCUAUUUUUUUCACGGACCUGUAGUUUUAGCGUGAAAGGAAUACCCCAUGACAAGUUAUACCGCAGUUGUAGGUUUCAGCCGCUGAAAAAUUACGUUUUUUUUCUCCCCCCGUGUGGUCCGACAGCGCCCUCUGUUGGUGAGACCUUGCUAUGUAUUGGUACCGCUACAUAGAGCGAAUGUAAACGUCCCUACAUUAACCCUACUGGCCCUUUUUAUAAGACCAUUUAAAGACCAUUGCGGUCUCAAUGGACACACAAAAAAGAGGAGCUCAUACACCUGCUCUGAAUCUACAAGCGUCCUUC